AUGCGGGGUCUCAGUUUGUUCUUCAUCUUUUUUGUGGCGAUGAUCACCAUCAGUGAGAUAAAUGCCCAACGUUGCCCUCGCAACGAAGUUUGGAACCGUUGUGGCACCGCCUGUCCGCCGACUUGCAGGAAUCCUCGUCCACGAUUCUGCACUAGACAAUGCGUACAGGGCUGCUUCUGUAGACGCGGUUGGUUCAGGAAUAACCGUGGCAUAUGUGUUAGAAGAUGUUAG